GGUUCUAAGCAUGGGCGUCGAAACCGGGGGGACGGGGGAGUAGUAAAGUAAUCUUAGACGGAGGGACUCAUUCCCCCUAGUCGAGGAAUCUGGGGGGACGUCCCUCGCAAGAAAUAUUCUAAUGAAUGAUUUAAAGGGUGACUUAUGAAUUGCACGUAACUUGAAGCAUUGGUAGAAAUACGAAAAAAAUCAAAUGAAACCUGGUAAUCUGAUUGAUUGGUAGAUUACCAAUUACAGUUAAUCAUGGCCGCCUGUGACAUUGCCUUGGAACUUUUAGAAACCAUACUUCAUUCUGUAUUAUAUCUACGCAAGCUCUACCCUGAAGCGAUUUUCCGCAAGCGGCAGAAGUACCGGAUCCCCGUGCACAUGUCCGUGCACAAGGGUGUCAAUGAGUACGUGUCGGCCAGUGUGCGCGCGCUGCGCCCCUACUUGGAGCGGCGGCUGCUCGAGUCGGUGUCGGUGGUCGUGACCGACCCGGCCGGCCGACACUUUGAAACGCUCGCCGUCGAGCUGCGCGUGCUCGACGCGGCGGCCAUCUGUGCGCGCGACGACCCGUGCCUGGCGCGCCUGGAGGCGUCGCUGUCGGGCCUGCUGCUGGGUCUGAGCGCCACGCUGGGCGACUGCGACCCGCCGCCGGCCGGCUCCACGUUCCAGCUGCAGGCCGCCGCCAGCCGCUGUCUGCCCGAGUCGCUGGACGCGGCCGCCGAGUUUCCGCUCACCAUCACAGACUCGGCGGCGCCGCACGGACCCACAGCGGCGGCCGAGGACGGGCCGGGGACCGAGGGCUGCUCCGUGCUGCCCGUCCGUUCCGUUAGAAACGAGCUGUUCGCGCUGGAGGUGACCCUCCGCAGACCGACUGGAUGACGAGGGGACCUGUGAAGUGCCCCUCCGUGGGCUGACCGAUGGGUCUGUGGGGUGACCCUCCAUAGACCGGCUGACCGGCGGGUCUGUGAAGUGACUGUGAGGUGACCGUCCGUUGGCUGACCGAUGGGUCUGUGGAGUGUGGGGUGACCCUCCAUAGACCGGCUGACCGGCGGGUCUGUGAAGUGACUGUGAGGUGAUUGAUGGGUCUGUGGAGUGUGGGGUGACCCUCCAUAGACCGGCUGACCGGCGGGUCUGUAACCGACACACCCGCGAGGACCCGAGCGAUGGCUGCUGGACUGACUACGGACUGUCACUGUAAAGGUGUAUUUCAUACCCAGAGAUGGAUGAGGGAAGCUGCCUUUUGGCAUGACAUGGAAAGAUCAACUGACUGGCUAGGCAGAUCCCUAGCAUUCUGUUCCGUGCAUUUGUGCUUUUUCUGCAACGUGAUACUUGUUCGAACAGUUCGAAGUUGAUGUGACGCUGCCUGGCUCAUGCUGGUGUCAGGUGUUUGUAUGUUUUCCGUGAAAACAAAUCACUCCAUCGUUUGCUCUUUGUUGGUGCGUGAAUGAGGUGUAAUUUUGAGUUAAAUAUGCAAUCUGUGUGCUCCGCUGCUUCAUAGUUCGCUGUUUAUCCGCUCGAUUUUCUUAAAAACGCUAGUAAGGCUCUGUAAUGCUCCAGUCGUUUUGGUGGUCAUGCCCUUUGGCUCAAGUCUCAA